ACGUUCUCCAACAUGUUAGUCUGCUCCGGCUGUGUGUACUAAAUGCGGAGAUGCUGAUUCUCGUCGGACCUUAAUAAUCUUUUCGGAAAGUUUACGCAGGACGAAAACAAAAUAGCGCGAACACUAAAAGCAACGAAGCUUAAAAGUGAACAUCUAGCCAAGAUUGUAUCUAGUACGUACGUGAGUAUAGUCGAAUAGCGCACACGAUACUACUGCAGCUCUUGUAUGUAUAUAUCUGAUUUUUAACGUCAUAAGUCCUGCAAUCACAUGCGGCUGGAAGACUGAUAUGUCGAAAGCGAACAAUUGGAGAAUGGCCAGGAGGAGAAAUACGAUGGUGGUGAAUUCGUUUAACUACAGAUACAAGAAGCGCGAGAGAACGCAAAAUUGGUCCACAGCCGAGAAAACUCUGCUGUUCGAGUUGGUGAAAAAGUACAAGGAUAUCGUUGACAAUAAAAGUGCCUCACUGGCCGAUAAAAAUAAAGCGUGGACGAGCAUACACAAAACCUUUCUCGAGUCCUGCGAAACGGAAAGAAAUGUCAGCAGGGUCAAAGAGCAGUGGGGCAGGAUGAAGGCCCUUGCAAAAUUAGAAGUGUCCACCUACAAUGCCAAAGUCAAAACAAGCGGGUUGGAAGAAGCUGAAAAACUAAAACCGUCCGAAUUGAAUACACACAUUUGGGACUUCUGUUGUACGGAUACCAAGCCGAAGACUGACGACAACGACAGUAGUAUCGAAGGAAAAGUGGAAACUACCGAGGCUACCGAAUUACCGGAGCAAAGUGUAUUGGAACAAAGUACACCGGAAGAAAAUGUGCCUAAAGCUAACGUGACUAAAUACGAAACGAUCCCGGAUAAAAAGCCCGACGCAGAGGAGCGAAUCUCGCCAACGAGAGAAAUCGAAAUCGUAGAGCCGCAGAUAAAAAUUGAAAACGAAGCCGAAAUUCCGUCGUUCAAUUAUACCAUGACGCAAGAUGCGAAUUCCGAAGAAAAAGUCGACAACAAGAAGCGACAAGCCAACGUUCAAGUGGAGCUGGUAGAUACUAAACGAAUGAAAUUACCGGAUACGGAGAAGGACAAGGAAGACACAGCAGCAGCAGUUGGAGCUCAAGAAACGCCAUCGAUAAGCGUGCUGAACAGCGCGAAGCCACAGCCACGGAUAUUCGUCCGGGGAAAUUUGCUAAAACAGGUAUCCCCGUUAAAGCCAAAACCAAUGCAACAGAACAGAACCUUGCGAAUCAUACCGCCUCCGAAUCAAAACAAAAAGGUUACUACUCCCUCGCCGUCAGCUAUUAACUCAGCCGUUCCUCUGCGUCUGCUUCUCAGCAAAAACGUCCAACACAAAGUUCCGCCCGUCAUAACAGCUCGGACAACAGUAGCCACUGUGGAUCACAGUCAAAUCGAACAGAAGAAGAAGAUCGAACUGCUGGACGUGCAGUUGGAGUGCGCGAGGGUGCAGAAGGAAACGGCUUUCGUGGAAUUGAAGAUUGCGGCUAUGAAGAGGCAGGCGCUCGAAAAGGAGCUUGCGGAAAGGAGCGAGAGCCAAGCUAGGAUGACUGGUGAACGAGGAAGCGGAGUUGGAAAGGGAGGUGGUGGUGGUGGCAGCAUUCGCGAGGCUGGAGGAUCCUUUGGAAAGAUGGAAGCUGCCCACGAAGAUCAAUAUUUUUACAAUAUGCAAAAAGAACAAAUUUCAAAGUUACGAGAGGGUCUGCAUGAUGAGAUUUCAUUCCACGAGGAACAAAUCAAACGUCACCAAGAGGCUAUCAAUCGCCACAAGAAGAGAAUGGCUGAGAUGGAAAGUACUAAGUGAACAGCUUCACUCGUCCACUUGUUCACACCCAUUCGUUCUCUACCAUGUGAGAGAAGGAAGUCGCUAAAACAUAAGUUUACAGCUGUAGAGUAUUACGAUGUGUGCUUUUUUUAACUAUCAAAUGUUAUUACGAUAAGUAGAAAUAAACAAAUUUUUUUGGUUUAAA